UCGUUAGUCACCACGUCCCCUUUUCCCUCUCCCUUCAAAUUUUCACUCCAACUUCUACUCCAACGUCUCUUUUUUUUUUUUUUCCUUCUCUUUCAAACCACACUUGGCCUCUCCAGACUCUAGCAACCAUCCAUCAAAUGCAAGACCUAUUUGGAUCGGUUCGCCGAUCCUUAGUUUUUAAAUCCACUACUGGAGAAGAUGGAGGAUUCAGUGGUUUAGUGGAGAAGAUUGGCUCCAGCAUUCGUAAUUCGCGAAUUGGUCUCUUCUCUAAGCCGCCACUUCUGCCGGCGCUUCGGCCUUGUAAGAAGGACGACACGCCGCCUAUCAGGUGGCGAAAAGGGGAGUUGAUUGGAUGUGGUGCUUUUGGUAGGGUUUAUAUGGGCAUGAAUCUCGAUUCUGGAGAGCUUCUCGCUGUUAAACAGGUUUUGAUUGCGGCCAAUAGUGCUUUGAAAGAGAAAACGCAGGCUUACACAUGGGAACUUGAGGAAGAAGUGAAACUUCUCAAGAAUCUUUCUCAUCCAAAUAUUGUUCGAUAUUUGGGAACUGCUAGAGAGGAUGACUCAUUAAACAUUCUGUUGGAAUUUGUUCCGGGUGGUUCCAUAUCAUCACUUCUGGGGAAAUUUGGAUCCUUCCCUGAGUCCGUUAUACGAAUGUAUGCAAAACAGCUAUUAGUGGGACUAGAAUACCUACAUAAGAAUGGAAUCAUGCACAGAGACAUCAAGGGGGCAAAUAUUCUGGUUGAUAAUAAGGGAUGCAUUAAACUUGCUGACUUUGGAGCGUCCAAGAAAGUAGUCGAACUGGCAACUAUAAAUGGAGCCAAGUCAAUGAAGGGUACUCCAUACUGGAUGGCUCCUGAAGUUAUUCUUCAGACUGGGCAUAGCUUCUCUGCUGAUAUAUGGAGCGUUGGAUGUACUGUGAUUGAGAUGGCUACAGGAAAACCUCCAUGGAGCCAGCAGUAUCAAGAGGUUGCUGCCCUCUUCCAUAUUGGGACAACUAAAUCUCAUCCUCCCAUUCCUGACCACCUUUCUGUUGAGGCAAAGGACUUUCUGUUAAGAUGUUUGCAGAAGGAGCCGAACUUAAGGCCUACUGCAUCAGACCUGUUGCAGCAUCCAUUUGUCAUUGGGGAGUAUAAGGAACCUCAUUUAAUAUUCCGCAAUUCCGUUAUGGAAUCUGGGAAUCUGAUAGCAACAACAGGGUUGAAUCUUAGGAACUCAUGGAGCACCAUGAAUCCUGUGUUUAGAGGGUCAACCUGUGCAGGCCUGAAGGAUGUUUGUGAAAUGGGUAGCAUAAGGUCCUCAACUGUAUAUCCUCAGAACAUGCCAGGAUCAGGAUCCUAUUGGGCUGAAGCCAAUUUUGAUGAUGAUAUGUGUCAGAUAGAUGAUAAAGAUGAUUUUGUGAUAGAUGAUAAAGAUGAUUUUGCGGUUAGUGCAUCAGCUAGGUUCAAUUCUGCAUUUGCAUCUGCUGAUUUGAGCAAGAGCUUUAAUCCUAUGAGUGAACCUAUUGAUGGCUGGCCUUGCAAGUUCGAUGAAAGUCCAGAAUCAAAUAGAGGUGGAAUUAACUUCUCUUCUAAUCAGUCAAUCCAUGACAUUGCUGUCAGCCCUGUAGAAUCUGGUAAAACAGAGAAUGACUUCACAUUUCCAUGUGGACCAGUAGCAACUGAGGAUGAUGAUGAAGUUACAGAAUCAAAAAUUAGGGCCUUUUUGGAUGAGAAGGCUUUAGAUUUGAAGAAGCUGCAAACACCUCUAUACGAAGAGUUCUACAAUACGUUGAAUGCAGUGGGUCUUCCAAGCACUGUUGGAACUGCAAAUAAUGAAAAUAUUGCAAAUUUACCCAACUUAACUCCUAAAAGCAAGUCGCCUAGACAGUUACCAAGAAGAAGACUCUCUGCAGUUGAUGCCACCAACUCAGCUAGUCCUGGUCGUGCCAACAAUAAAGUAUCAGUUGGGAGUAGCAUUCAUAAACGAGCAUUGCAGGAGAUUCAGCAGGAGAUUCAGCAGCCUCAAGUUAAUGAGUGGAAAGAUCUCCUUCUUGAUUCCCAGCAGGAAACAAUUACUCCUAGUGCAAGAUUUUCUGAGAGGCAAAGAAAAUGGAAAGAAGAGCUCGAUGAAGAGCUUGAAAGAAAACGAGAGAUGAUGCGCCAGGCAGGAAUAGGUGGGAAGACAUCAUCUCCAAAGGAUCGGAUUCUGACUCAGCAAAGAGAUCGGUUACGAUUUGUGUUCCCUGGCAAAUAAAUAUACGUGUCUCCCGUGUCCUGAAUAGCUUGCUGGAAAAAUUACGAUUUUCCGGUGAGAUUUUAUUGCAUGUGAUCGUAUCUGGUGAAAAUGGUGUCGAACAAAUAUAUAUACAUGUAUAUACAUUGAUUUAAACCAGGGGCAAUGUAAAAAAGUUUUGACAUUCA